UGUCAAUGUCAUGUCUGAACUGAAACCCAAAAUCAAAUUAGAAUCAGAAUACCUAUUCAUUUAAAAAGUGAGAAAUAAGUGGAAUCGACAUUACAUUUAAACAUGAUACAAAGAUUCAAUUAGCAAAUAUUCCUAUAUCUUUAUAAUGUUCUUAAUAAAGAGCCGAUUAAUAUAAAUCGGGUAUUUAAAAGUAGGUAAACCUACCUGUUUUACUGCAAAAAGUCCUGAAGCAGAGAAAAAAUGCGGAAUCAUUCGCUCAGUUACUUAAAAAUAGUUUUAUCAAAAAACUUAAAAUCACAUGCAUAUAAAUUUCCUUCUAGAGGAAUUACAAUGUUAAACAAAAAAACUACCACAAAAGAAACAACAGUCGACCAAACUGAUGUAGACAAUCAUACCAAACUUGCCAAAGAAUGGUGGGACCCCAAUGGCAAAAUGUUAGCACUGCAUAGCUUCAAUUUACUUAGGGUUCCUUUUAUAAGAGAUGGUCUGGUGGAUGUGGAGCAAAAUGAAAGAACCCUUUUACCUUUGUCUAAUAAAACAAUAUUAGAUGUAGGUUGCGGUGGAGGUAUACUAUCAGAGGCGAUUGCUAGACUUGGAGCUAAUGUAACAGGAAUAGAUGCCAGCAAUGAAUUAAUAGAGCUAGCCUCAGAUCACAGUAAAAUAGAUCCAAAGCUAGCAAACAAUAGACCAUCCUACCAGUGUACUACAAUUGAGGAACACUCGCAAAAAUUCUCCGACCACUACAACGCGGUGGUAGCAUCAGAAGUGAUCGAGCACGUAGCGAACAAGGAGUUGUUUAUCAAAUCGUGCGUGCAGGCCGUCAAACCCGGUGGCAAGAUAUUCCUUACAACCCCCAACCGGACACGUCUCAUGCAAAUCUUCGGGAUAUAUGUCGCUGAAUACAUCUUACAAAUGGUGCCAAAAAAUACGCACCAGUAUGAAAAAUUUACUACACCGAAUGAGGUCACGUUUUUGUUGGAAAGAAAUCACUGCCACGUGCAAGCUGUUUAUGGCGUAAUGUACUACCCAAUAGUCAACAAAUGGGCAUGGAGUAGUUCUCCCAAAUUUAUGUUCGCUCUACAGGCGGAGAAACUUGUAAACGAAUAAGCGGUUAAAUUUAUUUCUAACUUACCUUUUUGUAAGUGCUAGUCAGACUGUCCUGAGUUAAGUUGGAGAUAUACCAAGCGUAUUAAAAAAGUGAGGUCCACUGCUAGACGACACUGGACGCCACUAAUUGUGUGUUUCUGGCUUACUAAACUUUGCUGGUUCUAAGUAAAGAACAGGUAUUACGCGAUCAAUUAUUAAAUAUUAGAUACGUAAAUAAAACAAUAAAUUUA